AUGCACUCCUCAACCCUCCUCGCCGCCGUCAUCCCCGCCGUCAUGGCCCAGUACGGUUCGGGCGGCGACUCCUCCUCCUCGUCGACCGCCUCCGCCGCCGCCUCCUCUUCCUCCAGCAUCGCCGGCGUCCACGUCGUCAAGGUCGGCGACGGCGGCCUCACCUUCGAGCCCAACUCCCUCACGGCGGCCGUCGGCGACGUCGUCGAGUUCCACUUCUACCCGCGCGCCCACUCCGUCGCCCAGUCCGCCUUCGACUCCCCCUGCCAGCCGCUCGCCAACGGCACCGCGACGGGCUUCUUCAGCGGCCCUGUCCAGGUCGCCUCGGGCGUCGGCGCCGAGGUCUUCACCGUCAAGGUCACCGACUCGAACCCCAAGUGGUACUACUGCGCCACCGGCCAGCACUGCCAGGGCGGCAUGGUCGGCGUGAUCAACCCUCCGUCCAGCGGCCAACGCACCAUCGAGCAGUACGCCCAGGCCGCCGCCGCCGCCCAGGCCAACGUCGCGCCCAGCGCCACCGGCGGCGGCACCCUCGGCUCCGCGGCGACCGGCAGCCCCAGCUCCGCCUCGGGCACGCCCUCGGCAUCGUCCACGACCCAGCCCAGCGCCGGCAUCGAGGCCCGCGGCGACGUGCGCUGGGGUCUCCUCAGCCUCGGCGUGGCCGCCGCCGGCUUCGUCGGCGGGCUCCUCAUCUAA